GUUUUCCUUUCUGUAGGUACUAUCUAUCCGAAUCGCAUGUGUGCGAUUGGUGUUAUUGUAUUUUAUUCUUCGUUUUUACAUAAUUUAAUAGCUUUUGUCAACUCGACGGCACAUAUCACCAACGAUACUACUACAUACGAUACACUCGAUACUAUUCAUUUUCUGUAAAAUUCAAUUGAUACGAGCAGAACUUUGGUACACAUGUCGGGAAAAAAAUGCAAACAUUGUGGGUCAUCAGAAAUCGAGGUAGAUCCAGCUCGAGGAGAUGCUGUGUGUACAAACUGCGGAACAGUAUUGGAAGACAACAUUAUCGUAGCGGAAGUUGAGUUCCAAGAAAAUGCUCAUGGAGGGGCUUCUGCUAUAGGGCAAUUUGUCUCUGCAGAGUCGAAGGGUGGAGCCACUGGUUUCGGCCGUGCAUUCAAUGCGGGAAUCGGGCAAGAAUCCAGAGAGAUUACAUUAAGAAAAGCAAGGGAAGGCAUCACAGCAUUAUGUCAGCAGUUGCGCCUGAACCAGCAGUGCAUAGACAUUGCCUGCAACUUCUUCAAAAUGGCCUUGUCUCGUCACCUCACGAUUGGCAGACCAGCAUCACACACUCAGGCAGCCUGUGUAUAUAUGACAUGCAGAACUGAACGCACUGAUCAUCUCUUGAUAGACAUCAGUGAUGCUCUUCAAAUCUGCUGCUACCAGCUCGGCCGGACAUACUUCAGGUUAUCACGGGCACUCUGCAUUGUCAUCCCUCCCACAGAUCCAUGUAUGUACAUACUUCGCUUCGCAUCGCAGCUGCAAUUCGAGAGCAAACUGCACGAGGUCACCACCACGGCCCUAAGGCUCGUGAAGAGGAUGCAGAAAGACUCCAUCCACUCGGGACGACGACCCUCCGGGAUUUGUGGAGCUGCCAUCCUGAUCGCAGCCCGCCUUCACAACUUCUCGAGAACUCCCUCCGACGUGGUGCGAAUAGUAAAGGUCCACGAGUCGACGAUACGCAAGCGGCUGAUGGAGUUCGGGGAGACGCCGUCCAGCGCGCUGACCGUCGACGAGUUCAUGACCGUGGACCUGGAGGAAGAGCAGGACCCGCCGGCAUUCAGGGCUGCUAGGAAGAGGGACAAAGAACGACUGCAGAAGCUUAUAGAAGAAGAGGACGGUGAAAAGGAAAUGACAGAUCUGCAGAAAGAGAUUGACGCACAGUUGGAGAAAGACAACUCUCGAAGAAAGAAGGCUGCUGCGGCUGCCUCUGCGAUUCCUGCGUCUUUAUCAGUACUAGAAGAGCACAAUGACCCCGAAUUCGCGGACGCGUCUCGGUUCGCCGCAGAAGACACGCUGAGCCUGAUCGGUGAGAUCGCUAGUGAUAGCGUGAAGGACACGGCGUUGGGAACUUCCGAGCGGCUGAAGUUGGAGAAAGGAUUAGCUCCAGACCUAGCAGUAAUAGGCCUGGGUCAGGCCGAGGAUAAAUCAGACAAGGACAAAUUCCUAAAGCCGGAGCCCAAACAGCAGUUCAGCAAGGACCUGGCCGCAGACGAGCUCUUGCUCAGCGACAGAGACGAGGACUACAUCAGCAGCCUCAUCAUGACUGAGGAGGAGGCCAAGCAUAAAACUAUACUGUGGCAUAAGAUCAAUGCUGGGUACUUGAAGGAACAGAAAAUAAAAGAAGAGCUCCGCGCGAAAGAGAAAGACGAAUCCAAAGACAAAAAGAAGAAACUCCGCGGCUCGUACAAGAAGAAGGUCGCUUGCAACGCUGCGACCGCCGGGGAAGCCAUAGAGAAGAUGCUAGCGGAAAAGAAAAUCAGUGCUAAAAUUAAUUAUGAUAUAUUAAAGAGUUUGGACCAACCUGGGACUCCUGCGCCGACGCCGGCCACGCCUGCAAGAGACACGGUCGCUGAUACUAAGCCGCCGACGCCGGCGCCAGCGGUGCCGCAGUCGCCAGUGCCGCGCAAGCGCAAGAAGAAGAUGCCGGCCGCCCCGCCCUCCCCCGCGCCCCGCGCACCCGCCACACCCGCCACACCCGCCACACCCGCCACACCCGCGCCCUCUACACCGGCUAACGAAACAGCAGAAGAUUACGACGAAGACGUGGAAGUGGAACCAACAGACACUGGAUACGAGUCCUUGGCGGCCAUGUUGCAGAACGGAGCGGGAGAUGAUGACGAUUAUUAUGGCUAUGAGGAAUACUGAUCAAAUAUCAUUUUAGUGAGACCCAAUCGCUCCAUCGUCCUCCGUUGCGACAACACAGCGCGUUGCCGCUCCGAUGAGCUCCGUUAUUUUACAUUAGUUUUAAACAAUUUCUGUGUUGUUCUACAUUGAUCUGUCGAUGGAUGUCAACGCAAUGGAGGACGAUGGCGCAAUGGAGCCGAGUCUUAACAUGUUGAUUUAGACUUUUCAGUUGUGAGAAAAAAUAAAUAAGAUGUAUAGAAGAAUAUAUACGCGAGGGAAACUUAGCUACACGACAUAAAACUUAUACGCCUACCCGGCACGGCAGAUCAGUAAAGGUUCUCUUUAUAAAGAUAAAGACACACCAUGAGGGACAAAAGAUUAGACUCCCCAUGUCCUCUCUCAUGUAUUCUAAUACGCGUUUUUCAUGCAUGAACAAAAUGUAUAUAAUUUUAAUUUUAAAAUGUGUAUAGUUUUAAUUAGAUUGAUUAUUGUGUCUUUAUUUUUCUCAGUCGAAGAUUUUAUUGUGUUUACUUUUCGUAGCCGGACGCAGCCAAUCAUAAUGUGGACGUGAUGUUAUAAUCACAAUGUGACUGGUUGCCGUCCAGCUGCAAAACGUCGAGUUUUGACUGGAAAUUAUAUACUACACAUACGAUAUGUAUAAAUUCUGUGACCCUUUUUUUGGGGUAUGGGUUAACUGGUCCCCUACAUUGAAAAACUAACUUCCAGUGUCAUAGAUUUCAAUAACUCCUCUAAUUUUAUGUCGCUAAAAACACUUCAGAUAUAUCUGAGGCGAUGAUCUCAUUUUUGGCAGCAUUUAGGGAAAAUUCUGCCAUGUAGUGAAAACUAGUUUCCUCUUCUUCCUCACAGCUGGUAAGAUCUUCUCUUUGCCUUAUCACUAUCAGAGGCCUGUUUAGAUAGUCACAUAAAAUCUUAAGAAAAAAGUGGUAAUACGAUUAUGUGAUACUAUGUAAAUCUAGAUGAUGCUCGGUAAAUACAUGUAUUGAAUAUGUUUACCUGUAAUUCAUAAAAAAGUUAAGGAAUAUGUUUGUCACCAACACACUUUACAUAUUUGACAUUGACAGUUCGAGACUUUUUUUAACUUUUUCAUGAAUAAGAGGUUUAUUCUUUGAACGGGUAUGUAUUAGAGAAGAUUACAGGAACCUGUGUGUUAGACUGAUUUGUUAUUUAUUUAAGUUAUUUUUCACUUUUUUUGUUUCUUUGUAUAUAAGAUAAAUGAGGUAAAAAAACAGUAGUAGAAAUAUAGCAUGUAGAUGCGUUUUAGUCGAUUCUGUGUGUAUAUUUAUGAAUUUAGAUCGAGUAGUAAAGGUUGUUGAUAUGAAAGUUUUGAAGUUAUACAAAAUCCUUGUGUGCUCUGUAUGCUUGGAAAUUGAUCUUGAGUUAGCGAAAGCUACUUCUUCGUCAUAGACUACAAAGUAUAACAUUUUCGAAUAAAAUUCCGAAGAAAAUAUAAAUACUAAAAUAUCUAAAAUAAGUAACAAAAGCCCCUCGCUUAAAUUAAACGAUUAUGAUGAUCAUUGUAAAAAUACAAGUUGAGAGAAGUUUGGAAUAAUGACGUGACCCCAUGAUUGCAAAUCGUUCUUUCUCAUCUAGAUAGGCAUAAUGCAAUUUUCUGCUUUUAUUUUCAUGUUUUUUUUUUUUAUCGUAGCUUUCGAGGGCUCUUGGUCUACAAUAAUCUGUAUUCCACUGUUAGAAUUGUUAAAACUUUUAUUUGUUAUUAUUCACUAUAAUAUGAUUUAUCAUUCUUUAUAUUUUUAUAUAAUCAUGAGGGUAUAUGUAUAGUGAAAAAUAAUGAACAAAUGUUAUAAGAUACAUACAAAGCGUUUAUUUUUGACAUAUGCUAUUGUUAAAGUUUGAAUUGCCUAAGAUUAAACAACUAUAAAUAGGUUAUUGUAUUAGAUCUUUUUAUACAAAACAUUAGCAUUACUUGUAAUCUCUUUUGGCAAUAAAGAACAUUUGUAUUGUAUUGUAUAAUCAAGAAACCAGCUAUAGAUAGUUUAGUUAUCAUAGUUUGCGAGAUCGCGUCGAAACAAGUUGCUUAGUAAUGAAUCAACACUUAAAUUAUGUCCAAUUAGGCAAUGAUAAACGUUCUACGAAUGAAAUUAGAUUAUUUAGACAUUGUAGAUAAUUAAAAAAUUAUUUGUGUAUGGUAGUUCGGCGUUUUAUACUAUAUAGGUGUAGGAGGGUAGUAGAGCUAUAUAUGUAUAUUCUGUGAGGAUUACACCAAAAAUACUGGGAAGUGGCCUAACACAUUUUAAAGAUGAAUUCCUAUAUACUUAUCAUACGACAGAAAAUGUAUAUAAAAUCAACUGUUGCUAAAGUUUCACUAUAUAUUAUGGAUCAAAUAUAUAUUAUGGAAAUUCAAACUCAUAUAAGAAGACAGAUUUGAAUUAGAUUAUUUUUAACUUCAUUGAGAAGCGAAAAUGAGUACAUAAUAUACUUUUGUAAAAAUGUAAUUAGUCUUGAUAUUAAAAGGCAAAUUGUUUAAACUAUAUCUAACCUAUAUCACAUUGUUUAAUACUAUUAUCUACUGGAUAGUAAGUUCGGCUGUAUUGUUGUAAAAACACUUUGUCUUUAAAAUAUAAUUCAUAGCAUAUAACUUUAUUACUGUUAGUACAUAUACAAUAAAUGAACAUCAGGCACAGAUGAACCUACCACAGCGGGAUCAAGUUUAUCUGCACUCGACUUACUAGAUAUUUUUAUGUUCCUUUUGAAUCUGCGUUUUAUCAAACUAAUAACUUAUUAUCUCGAAAGUUAAUCGUUUAUUAUAAUAACGUUAACUUUCGAUAAGGCCGCCUUUAUUGUUUAAUAUAUAAGGAAGCUAUUCUUUUGGCUAUGUUUCGAUCGGCUUUUCCGUAAAAAAUCCAACUGAUUACUGUCUUGUUGGCUCGAACUUGCUGAUUUAGCAGAAACAUGAGUAUCUGUUACAGCUAAAAUUCGGAAUUCGGUUAAACUUAGGUUUAGCCGGCCGGCUGCACCUAACUCUAGCCGGUUAAACCUAGAGGUAGCCGCACUUUGUGGCCGUAAUAUUUCUACUAUGUCCAUGAGUUGAGCUAUUUACCUAAGUGUAAUUAAGUACAUAGAUACUUAAUGUAUUUUUAUUUUCUUAUAUUAAAUUACCUACCUAAAUAAAAAAGUAUAUGUUUGCUAAG